AUGAGGGAAGCUGGGUCCAAAGGAAGGAAGGGAAGGAAGACGACGAAACAACGGGUUCGCAUGUCCAUCCACUUGCUUGCACCGGCGCGUUUUAGGCUCGGCUUCUCUCGUGGCGCGGGUCGGGGGAUUCGUGGCCCCGGGCGAGGAACCCGGUGCAAUUGGCCGAGAGGGAAAGUACUUGGAGGAUCUUCAGUGCUCAAUUACAUGGUGUACAUUCGUGGCAACAUCAACGAUUACGACAAUUGGGAAAGGAUGGGCAAUUAUGGCUGGGGCUUCCGGGAUGUGUUACACUACUUCAAAAAAUCUGAAGACAACUUGAAUCCAUACGUCGUCAGAAACCGUUCCGGGAGACGACAGCGAGGGUCGUGUCCGGGUUCCGCUAGGUUGACGACU